UUACAAUAUUUUACGAUGUAUCGAGAUUAAUCAAGUAAUUUAAGUACAAGCAACGAGGAAAAGCCAGUAUACAAAGUCAAACAUUAGUCUGAGAGUGCAUUACACAAAUUAAUCGUCCAAUGAUGUUUAUCUCGACGUAGUAGAGGCGAUAUUCGGUUAAUUUGGCAAAUGGCUCAGAUACUGACCUCUGUCCAGGCCCCGACCUCGUUGAUAAGUAACAUGGGACUACUCGAGUUUGAAGAAUGGACGAACCAAACCGAUCUAUUUUCUGAUAAGUCCAGGAUGUGUGCGAGGUUGCGAGGCCUAACUCCAGGGCAGAGAAGGGUUUGCAGACGUCAUAAAGAUCACAUGCCCGCGGUUGGUGACGGUGUGAAGCGAGGAAUUAAGGAAUGCCAGCACCAGUUCCAAAAUCGAAGAUGGAAUUGUACUGUCACGGAAGAUGAUACGGUCUUCGGGCCCUUGACAUUAAUCGCAUCUAGAGAAACCGCGUUCACACACGCUAUCACCGCAGCUGGGGUAUCAUUAGCCAUAUCAAGAGCGUGUCGUGAUGGUCGCCUGUCGUCGUGUGGGUGCAGUCGCGCGGCUCGACCGAGAUAUCUGCACAAUGAUUGGGUAUGGGGAGGCUGCGGUGACAACCUUGAAUACGGUUACAAAUUUACCGAAGGCUUCGUGGAUAUACGUGAAAGAGAACGUAAAGUUAAACGAGGCAGUCGAGAGCAGGGCAGGCAGCUCAUGAACAGACAUAAUAACGAGGCUGGAAGAAGGGCGGUCAUAAAGAAGUCGCAGGUCACGUGCAAAUGUCACGGCGUGUCUGGCUCCUGCAGUCUCAUCACCUGUUGGCAGCAACUCCCUACUUUCAGGCAGAUUGGAGACUACUUAAGAGAUAAAUACGAAGGCGCGACUGAAGUGAAGGUGUCGAGACGUGGCAAGUUACGACUUAGCAAUCCCAACUAUAGCCUACCCACUGCUCAAGAUCUUGUAUAUCUGGAGGAGUCACCUAAUUAUUGUAUACGAAAUGAAUCACUGGGAUCCCUCGGCACAACCGGCAGGGAAUGCAACAGAACAUCAGCUGGUAUAGAUGGUUGUGGCCUAAUGUGUUGCGGCAGGGGAUACAACACUAAGAAGAUUGUCGUUAAAGAGCGCUGUCAGUGUAAAUUCCAUUGGUGUUGCCGAGUGGAUUGCAACACUUGCGUUAAAACCGUUGAAGUGUAUACUUGUAAAUAAAUUUAGUUGUACAAUAUUUAUUUUUCACUUUACUUCUCAAAUUUAUGACCUUGUUUGCAGAAUAAUUUUAA